AUGAUCUUUAACUAUAAGGGAAAGAUUAAGGGUGUAAGAAAUUUUUACGCUUUCUUUAAUCAUAGGAAUAAUGAAAAGGCAUGUAACUGUUUUUUUUUUUCCGUUUUGUUGCCAAAUGAAGGAAGAAAUAGAAGAUCAUCAAUCGGCGGUAUUAUAAACACGCCAACAGGAUUAAUUGUAAAAUGUGUGAAUGACACAUAUAAGUCUAAAAACUUCAAUAAAAUAAAAUGGAAUUGUAUAAAGAAUGAUAUAUUAAAAAAUAUAGAUAAAUUUCAUACAAAAGAAAUAUUAAAAAUAGCAAAUAUUGUAAGUCGUUUGCAUUUUGGAAAAAAUAUUUUAAUGCAAUUUAUAAAAGUACUGAAAUGUAGGUUAAAUAACAUAAAUGCUGAUAAUAUCACACGAAUUAUGAUUUCUUAUAUAAAGGCAAAUAUUAAGGAUGAUUUAUUUUAUAAUGAACUAUGUUCAAUUAUUAAGAAUAACUUGCAGCAUAUAUCACACUCCCUCUUAAUUAAUCUUGUGUUUAACAUUAAUAAGUGUAAUAUAAAAAAUCACAAUAUUAUGUAUGUGCAAAAAUUGAUAUUGUAUCAUCUCAUAUCACAUUUUGACUUUGAGGGUUUUCAAAUUGAAGGUUCAUUUUUUGAAAAGUUAAAUAAUUCGGCUAGAACCAUGAGAGAAUGGGAGAAGACUCAUGGUGUCUUGGAAGGAGAGGAAAGCGAAAAUAAUUUCAAAAGGAAUGAACUAGGUGACGCGGCUGAUGUUGGUGUAGCAAGCGAAACUACAAAAACAGAUAUAGAAUCACAUGCAGACGAAUCAGGAUUUUUCAAAUCUCCAGUUCAUACUAAUUUAUACGAAGGAAAAAAAUAUGAUGAAAUACUACUUUUCUAUUCACUUAGCAAUUAUGUAUUUAUGACUUACUUAGAGAGUCAAUGUAAUUUUGCAUUAUGUGAUGAUUUUGCAAAAUGUUUAAAGAAUUGUUUCUGUACAAUGAAUAAAGCCAGUUUUGCUAGUGAAGAAAGACGUUUAGGUGAAUUCCCUCCAUUUUACAUAUUUUUACUUUAUAAGGCAAUUCUAAAUGGUAUAUACAUUUUUGAAGACAAGAACAUAAGCUGCACUUUGCUAUUCAAGGUUAAAGACAAAAUUAAUAAUGUCUUAAUACAAUUAAAAAAUAAAGAAACUUUUAUGAAAAAAGGAAAAACAAAUGAAAUUAUAAAAUAUAUAAAUAUAUUGCAGCAGAAUUUAUUUCAUUAUUCACAAAACAGAAAAACUCAUUUUCUUAAUCAUUUUGAAAAUAAUGUUGCGUUAGUUAAGACUAUGUUAUCUAUCUUACAGGAAAGUAAUCAAAAUGACAUCAACAGGUACAAAAUUAAGAACGAUAUGGAUUCAAAUUGA